AUGGCGAGUGCCGCGGCUUCACGCGGACUGUGGAGCUCGUCAGUCAUGAAAGGGUGCCUCUUGGGUGGUGCAUUUUGUGUGGGCAUUCUCCUGUGUCACAUGAAAUCCUCACAGGCGAUUGAGGACAGAGUCACUGAUUUUGCAAGUCUGGACAUUACAGGAAUGAAGGCCCUCUUGAAAGCUACGCUUGACGCUCGUAAAGCAAGCCCAAGUGAUGAACUACCGGUCUACUUCUUAAGCCCUGAUGUGCUGGCACUUCAGGAAGAGCUUCGAUUCAAAUCCUCGCUUGAAGACAUGAAGGCCGAGCUGUGCGAAGUUCGAGAAACACUGAACAGAGGAAGUUUCUUUGACAUUGACUGCUACCUUCGGCCAGAAAGGGCAACAUUUUCUCUCAUCGCACUGAAGGAGUCCGCUGUGGACACGCCUUUUUCCGGACCCUUUAUCAUCAGGAUGCGAGACGGAGAACACAAGAUCACCUUUGGGAAGUGCUGUGUUCACCUGCCUCCCAGAUUUUCUCUUGAAUGUGCUUUGAUCCUGUGCCUCGCUGUUUACUUUAUUUUGAAUCUUUCUUACCCUUAUGCAUUUGGACAAACUUUGGGUCUCCGGCAAACAGUGCUAGUCAAGAGCGAGAUGUUUGAGUCAUGUCUCAUGUCAUUUAAACUAAAGACUCGCUUAAAGGAGUUCAAAAAUGCACCUUCGAAAUGUACCAGCACAGAAGCUAACACAAACUAG